CCGGUUGAGCUUUCUCAGCACUGAGGGCUUGCGGGUCCGGUGGGGAGGACGCGAGCCCGGAGCCCGGGCACUGAGCUCUUGGGCGCCCCCAACCCAGUUUUCAGAACCCUCCACGCUGCGGCCACUGUCCCCUUCGGACCAUGGCCGACGACGACGUGCUGUUCGAGGAUGUGUACGAGCUGUGCGAGGUGAUCGGCAAGGGUCCCUUCAGUGUUGUACGGCGAUGUAUCAACAGAGAAACUGGGCAACAAUUUGCUGUAAAAAUUGUUGAUGUAGCCAAGUUCACAUCAAGUCCAGGGUUAAGUACAGAAGGUAAGAGAUGGAUUUCAAAUCUAAAGCGGGAAGCCAGUAUCUGUCAUAUGCUGAAACAUCCACACAUUGUGGAGUUAUUGGAGACAUAUAGUUCAGAUGGAAUGCUUUACAUGGUUUUUGAAUUUAUGGAUGGAGCAGAUCUGUGUUUUGAAAUCGUAAAGCGAGCUGAUGCUGGUUUUGUGUACAGUGAAGCUGUGGCCAGCCAUUACAUGCGACAGAUACUGGAAGCACUGCGCUACUGUCAUGAUAAUAACAUAAUUCACAGAGAUGUGAAGCCCCACUGUGUUCUCCUCGCCUCAAAAGAAAACUCGGCACCUGUUAAACUUGGGGGCUUUGGAGUAGCUAUCCAGUUAGGAGAAUCUGGACUUGUUGCUGGAGGACGCGUUGGAACACCACACUUUAUGGCCCCAGAAGUUGUCAAGAGAGAGCCUUACGGAAAACCUGUUGAUGUCUGGGGUUGUGGCGUGAUCCUUUUCAUCCUGCUCAGCGGUUGUUUGCCUUUCUAUGGAACCAAGGAGAGAUUGUUCGAAGGCAUUAUUAAAGGAAAGUACAAGAUGAAUCCAAGGCAGUGGAGCCAUAUCUCGGAAAGUGCCAAAGACCUAGUACGCCGCAUGCUGAUGCUGGAUCCUGCAGAAAGGAUCACUGUUUAUGAAGCACUGAAUCACCCAUGGCUUAAGGAGCGGGAUCGUUAUGCCUACAAAAUUCAUCUUCCAGAAACAGUAGAACAACUGAGAAAAUUCAAUGCAAGGAGGAAACUAAAGGGUGCAGUACUAGCUGCUGUGUCAAGUCAUAAAUUCAACUCCUUCUACGGGGACCCUCCUGAAGAGUUGCCAGAUUUCUCUGAAGACCCUACCUCCUCAGGACUUCUAGCAGCAGAAAGAGCCGUCUCUCAGGUGCUGGACAGCCUGGAAGAGAUUCACGCACUUACAGACUGCAGUGAAAAGGACCUAGAUUUCCUACACAGUGUUUUCCAGGAUCAGCAUCUUCACACACUGCUAGACCUGUAUGACAAAAUUAACACAAAGUCUUCACCACAAAUCAGGAAUCCUCCAAGUGAUGCAGUACAGAGAGCCAAAGAGGUAUUGGAAGAAAUUUCAUGUUACCCUGAGAAUAAUGAUGCAAAGGAACUAAAGCGUAUUUUAACACAACCUCAUUUCAUGGCCUUACUUCAGACUCACGAUGUAGUGGCACAUGAAGUUUACAGUGAUGAAGCAUUAAGGGUCACACCUCCCCCGACCUCUCCCUAUUUAAAUGGUGAUUCUCCAGAAAGCGCCAACGGAGACAUGGACAUGGAGAAUGUGACCAGAGUUCGGCUGGUACAGUUCCAAAAGAACACAGAUGAACCAAUGGGAAUCACUUUGAAAAUGAAUGAGCUUAAUCAUUGUAUUGUUGCAAGAAUCAUGCAUGGGGGUAUGAUUCACAGGCAAGGUACUCUUCAUGUCGGUGAUGAAAUUCGAGAAAUCAAUGGCAUCAGUGUCGCUAACCAAACAGUGGAACAGCUACAAAAAAUGCUUAGGGAAAUGCGGGGGAGUAUUACCUUCAAGAUUGUGCCAAGCUACCGCACUCAGUCUUCAUCCUGUGAGAGAGAUUCCCCCUCCACUUCCAGACAGUCCCCUGCUAAUGGUCAUAGCAGCACUAACAAUUCUGUUUCGGACUUGCCGUCAACCACCCAACCAAAAGGACGACAGAUCUAUGUAAGAGCACAAUUCGAAUAUGAUCCAGCCAAGGAUGACCUCAUCCCCUGCAAAGAAGCUGGCAUCCGAUUCCGAGUUGGUGACAUCAUUCAGAUCAUUAGUAAGGAUGACCACAACUGGUGGCAGGGUAAACUGGAAAACUCCAAAAAUGGAACUGCAGGUCUCAUUCCUUCUCCUGAACUUCAGGAAUGGCGAGUCGCUUGCAUUGCCAUGGAGAAGACCAAACAAGAGCAGCAGGCCAGCUGUACUUGGUUUGGCAAGAAAAAGAAGCAGUACAAAGACAAAUAUUUGGCAAAGCACAAUGCAGUGUUUGAUCAAUUAGAUCUCGUCACAUAUGAAGAAGUAGUCAAACUUCCAGCAUUCAAAAGGAAAACACUGGUCUUAUUAGGUGCACAUGGUGUUGGGAGAAGACACAUAAAAAACACCCUCAUCACAAAGCACCCGGACCGGUUUGCAUACCCUAUUCCACAUACAACCAGACCUCCAAAGAAAGAUGAAGAAAAUGGCAAGAAUUACUACUUUGUAUCUCAUGACCAAAUGAUGCAAGACAUCUCAAAUAAUGAGUACUUGGAGUAUGGCAGCCACGAGGAUGCAAUGUAUGGAACAAAACUGGAGACCAUUCGGAAAAUCCAUGAGCAGGGGCUGAUUGCAAUACUGGACGUGGAGCCUCAGGCACUGAAGGUCCUGAGGACUGCUGAGUUCGCUCCUUUCGUUGUCUUCAUUGCGGCGCCAACCAUCACUCCAGGUUUAAAUGAGGAUGAAUCUCUCCAGCGCCUGCAGAAGGAAUCCGAUGUCUUACAGAGAACAUAUGCACACUACUUCGAUCUCACAAUUAUCAACAACGAAAUUGAUGAGACAAUCAGACAUCUGGAGGAAGCUGUUGAGCUCGUGUGCACAGCCCCACAGUGGGUUCCGGUCUCCUGGGUCUAUUAGGCUUCUCCCUGGCUAUCUGAGCAUAAAACUGGGAGACGCCUCCUAUGUGGAAAAGCCUCUUUGUUAUCGGCCUUGUGUCAACAGGUCGUGGUCCCUAGAGACUACCUAGUUGUAGUGUGACCUACAUUUAUAAUUAUUGUCAUGUCCGAAUAGAUAGGAGGAGAAAAACAAUUACACACUAAUUUAAAGAGACAGUAUCUUUUUUAAUCAGUUCUCCUAAACUUUAAUAAAAUGUAUCUUUAAAUGUAUGUAUUAUUCAAUCCUUUGGAAUGUUAUAUUUUUGGAAAUCAUAGCUUUUUAUUUCCAAGGCCCCUAAAAACUGCACAAAAUAGAUGCUGCUUUCUAUAAUCUAUUUUAAUAAUAAUAAACAAUGAUUCUGUUACCUUGGCUGGGGGUGGAACACUACAUUCUUUUUAGAGUCUGAUUUUAUGGAUUGGAAUAUCUUUCUUUCCUUUAUUUAUUUGAAAUAAUUAGUCUAGUGAUUACAAAACAGUCAUAAAUUUUUAAAGGCCUUUUUUCUCUCUCUUCUUUUGAAGUCCUUUAUGUAACACCCAGAUACUGUGAUACUGUCUCUUUGAAGCACCCUGUAAACCUUUUAGAGAUUUGAAGUUGGGUCUUGACUCUUAAUGCAUGUGGACAGUCGCGAGCGUUUAUGCUGUCGGUGUGUCUGUGUUGGACUAAACAAUCUGUAAUUACAACAAAGUACAUUCCGUUCACGGGGCACACCCAGGGGAAUAAGAAUAAAUUGCUAUUAUGACUAAGUUGUAAACCUAUGCACAUCCCUUGCAUUUCGGGCAACUUUAUAAAACAGAAAAAAAAAGAAACUGAUUUUUAUUAAUAAUAAUCACGUAGUGAAAUGUGUUUGUAAUUUUGUCUCAAUUUAAUUUGUUGUAAGGUGGGAGGGGGUAUUGCUGGUUUCGCCAUUUCAGAUCUGUGUUGUCUAAGAGUAUUAACGUUUUAAUUAAGCAAAGAAAUGCGGAUUUUUAAUCUGUGUGUAAUUGUUUUAAGCACCCAUUUAAAGAGAAUAUACUGUGCAAUGAAGAAACCAGUUUAGGCAUUUGCUAUAAACUGAAUUAUUCCAAAAGAAUAAUCUAUAACAGCUCUGUAAAUUCCUUUAAAAUGAUAACUAACAGGACAGUCUGACCAAUUUUUUUUUUUAAAAAAUAUACUUCAUUGUAUGUGUUCAAUAAUUAAAUGCCUUUGGGUCCUUCAUUUCA